AUGAACAACGCCACUAACAAAGAAGCAAGCGAGAUAGUUAAUGACAUCGACAAAUUAUGCCAAGAGGUCAAACAAAUUGAUCCCAACGUUGAAAUAAUAUUGUCUGAAUUGACCAACAGAGAGAACAAUGCAAAGGCCAAAACAACUGUUCAAGAGGUAAAUCGUUUGUUAGCAGAUUACUGUACUGCGACUAAUUUAAAUUUAAUUAUACAUAACAACAAUAUCCUCAGUAAGUCGCUUAACAGAUCCAAAUUGCAUCUGAAUAAGUUAGGAUCUUCUACUUUAGCUAAAAACUUUAUUAGUUAUUUACAUAAUUUUUAGCCUAGGUAAAGUUCCAACUUUUUACAGCAAAAUUUCCGAUACCGAACCAAAACAGCCGAGUUGCUCCAUUGAGAAGAUUAUUCCACAAACAAAGUGUGAAAAUAGCAUUACAUUUUUAUAAUCUUUGAAGGGAUUUAGAGUUGGGCAUUUAAACAUCGCUUCGUUAGUCAAGCAUGUUGAUGAAUUAAAAAUAUACUUGGAAAAAGAACCACUGGAUGUUUUGAGCAUUAACGAAACUCGUUUGGAUGAAACAAUUAGUACAGAUACUGUUAGUAUACCCGGUUACGACAUGGUUGCCAAAAAUCGUAAUCGGCAAGAUUAUCUCAAGAAGAAAGCUAUUAAGACAAACUCAACUGCAUGCCACAAUGCUUACGGAAGUCUUCGAAAUGAGAUUAACAAAAAAAUUGUGUAUGCAAAGCAAGAUUAUUAUACAAACUGUGUUGACAGAAACAGAAAUAAUACAAAGCAAAUGUGGAAACAUAUUAAUCAGUUAGUUAAUAAAAAUUCUAGAUCAACAAAUAUAUCAGUACUACAAAUAGACGAACAGGUUAUUACUGAAAAUGAAACUAUAGCUGAUUUGUUCAAUGAAUAUUUUACUGAUAUAGGACCAAAUCUGUCGAACCAGAUCACGGAAACUAACACUGAUUUUAAACGUUAUAUGAAAUUUAAAACUCAACAUAAGUUCAAUUUCGAAAACAUUAAUAUCAAUGAAGUGUUAAAUGCACUUGAGAAAUUUUAA